AUGACUCUCAAUGAAACCAAAAAAAAAAAUGAUAUAUUACAUUCAAACACGCCUUCAUUACUCUUAUCUUCGUUGAGCGUGAAUGGUGACAAAGUGAACCUCCAAAAUUACAACAAAAUCCCUUCCUUUCAUUUACUUCACUCGCCUUAUAUGUCUGCGAAAUUUGAUUCAGAACGACCAGUGUUUGAUGACGCUAAACCUGAAGGGGUGAACCAAAACCAGAAGUCAGCGGCAUCAAAGCAUGAGAUUCGAACAAUGGUUUGCAAAGGCAGAUUGGCUCAUGAUCGUCAAGUUAAGGGGUACUACAUAAAGGACAAGAAAGAUCAGGAUGUCGUUCUUUAUGUUAACGUGCCUAAACAAAAAGACAAUGCGAUAGGAAAUGCCUUGGCCUUUAAUAAAAAACGAUUUCUACAAAAAAAAAAAUUAGCUCAAAAAAAAAAAAUUUGGGGUAAUCCAGUCAAUCGAAACUUCUUUUCUAGUAAUGUGCGAAAGCGUUACUACAAUGUUACACAUCCACAAGAAAUUGUCUGUGGCGGCUGCUUUCUAUUUCUUCAAGCAUGUAAAAAAAAUUUAAUAAGGAUCUGCUACCAUUGGAAAAAUUUAAAUUUUUUGUAUGGACUAAACUUGUCAACGUUCAAAAUAUCUUAUUUCAUGAACCGUUACUGCCGUAUACCUUGCCUUACAUUAAACGAACUGUUUCAAAAAAAACAAAUUAGUAACAGAAACACCUUACUAAGUAAUACACAGGAAUUAAGCUGCAUCUGACUCGCUUAACAGUUAGAUGUUUAUUCAUAGUCGCCUGCCUGUAUAUAAUUGAUUUUGCAUUGACUAGUGAAAGCAGUCUUAUAAGCAGCAUUGUGGUUUUCUUUCGGUAAGACAAAUUCAAAAAAGAAAUUGUGUAGAACCAUUUCGUUGGUUAUUUCUUUUUCUUCUUUAAAGUAAUUGUUUCAUGGUUAACCUUCGUUGAAGAAUUUGUUAUUGAUGUUGAAUUAUGCAUGAACUUAAAUAACAACAAAUGGCUUUACAAGGAGA